ACGCGGGCACCAGCUGGGGCUGCCGCCAGCCCAGCUCGCGGCCGCUGCGCUGGGACGUGGAGUCGCCGCGCCGGAGCCUCGGCACCGGCGGGCACGAUUCCCUCUGGAUUUCGCCUUCCUGCGGAUAACAAUCCCGAGGAGCGGCAGGGGGCCGGGGAGCCGGUCCCGGCGGGGAGGCGGCGAUGGAGAAGCCCGAGGAGCGCCGCGCUGGGGGCAGCCGCGGCGCACAGCACUGUCCGCGCCCAAUCCCCCUGUGGUGCAGAAUGAAGCAGCUGGCGUCAUGCCUUGGCCUAUGGGUCCUCCUCCAGUUCCCUGCCUCAAGUUCUGGGACACGUGUGGUCUACAAGGUACAGGAGGAGCAACCCCCGAACACACUCAUCGGGAGCCUGGCUGCUGACUAUGGCUUUCCAGAUGUGGGGCAUCUCUAUAAGCUGGAAGUGGGGGCCCCCUAUCUGCGUGUGGAUGGCAAAACGGGGGACAUUUACACCACUGAAACUUCCAUAGACCGGGAGAGCCUACGUGAGUGCCAGCAUCAGUUCCCAGGGGAUCCUUGCUUCCUGGAGUUUGAGGUGUCCAUCACAGAUCUGAUAAUGAACAGCAGUCCACGCCUUCUAGAGGGUCAGAUUGAGGUACUGGAUAUCAAUGACAACACACCAAACUUUGUCUCACCUGUUAUCACACUGGCCAUCCCGGAGAACACCAACAUUGGGGCUCUCUUUCCCAUCUCACUGGCCAUGGACCGUGACUCAGGCCCCAAUGGUGUGGCCUCCUAUGAGCUCAUGGCAGGGCCUGAAGCACAGGAGCUCUUUGGGCUACAAGUGGCUGAGGAUCAGGAUGAGAAGCAGCCACAGCUAAUUGUCAUGGGGAACCUGGAUCGGGAGCAGUGGGACUCUUAUGACCUGACCAUCAAAGUGCAAGAUGGGGGAAACCCUCCACGGGCAAGCAGUGCCCUUCUGCGCAUCACUAUCCUGGACAUGAAUGACAAUGCACCCAAGUUUGAAAAGGCCUUGUAUGAAGCAGAGCUCUCAGAAAACAGUCCUGUUGGGCAUUCUGUCCUUCAGGUGAAAGCCAAUGACUCGGAUCAGGGCGCCAAUGCCGAAAUUGACUAUUCCUUUCACCAGGCCACAGACAUGGUACGCCGCCUGCUACGCCUGGAUAGAGCCACAGGCCUCAUCACUGUACAGGGGCCCAUUGAUCGGGAGGAUGUUAACAUCCUCAAGUUCUCUGUCCUGGCAAAGGAUAAAGGGGCUAAUCCUAAGAGUGCCCGUACUCAGGUAGUGGUGACCAUAAAGGAUAUGAAUGAUAAUGCCCCCUCCAUUGAGAUCCGAGGCAUUGGUCUUGUCACCCACCAGGACGGCAUGGCAAACAUUUCUGAGGAUGUACCUGUGGAGACAGCUGUGGCCCUGGUGCAGGUGUCUGACCGGGAUGAAGGAGAAAAUGCUGUGGUUACCUGUGUGGUUGCCGGUGAUGUUCCAUUCCAGCUGCGACAGGCCAGUGAGACGGGCAGUGACAGCAAGAAGAAGUACUUCUUGCAAACCACCACACCACUGGACUAUGAGUCAGUGAAGGAGUACACCAUUGAGAUUGUGGCUGUGGACUCAGGAAACCCACCUCUCUCCAGCACUAACUCCCUUAAAGUGCAGGUGGUGGAUGUAAAUGACAAUGCCCCUGUCUUUAGCCAGAGCUUCACUGAAGUGGCCUUCCCUGAAAACAAUGACCUUGAUGACCUAGUGAUGGAGGUGAGUGCCAGUGAUGCUGAUAGUGGCUCUAAUGCCAAGCUUGUUUACUCGUUGGUGAUGGAUCCUUCCUCCAAGGGUAUUUUUUCUAUUGAUCCUGAUUCUGGUGAAAUCCGAGUGAAGACGGUGCUGGACCGGGAGCAGAGGGAGCGCUAUGAAUUCCUGGUGGUGGCAGCUGACAAGGGCAGCCCCAGCCUCAAGGGUACAGCAUCUGUGGCCAUUAAUGUCAUGGACAAAAAUGACAAUGACCCCAAGUUCAUGUUAAGUGGCUACAACUUCUCAGUGAUGGAGAACAUGCCACCUUUGAGCCCAGUAGGUAUGGUGACGGUGAUUGAUGCUGACAAGGGUGACAAUGCCCGCAUCCAACUUUCAGUAGAACAAGACAAUGGGGACUUUGUGAUCCAGAAUGGCACUGGCACCAUCCUCUCCAGUAUUUCUUUUGACCGGGAGCAACAGAGCACAUACACCUUCCGGCUCAAGGCUGUGGAUGCAGGGGACCCUCCCAGAUCUGCCUAUGUGGGAGUGACCAUCAAUGUACUGGAUGAGAACGACAAUGCCCCUUUUAUUACCUCCCCUUCCAAUGCCUCUUAUAAACACAUCCUGCCCCACACCAGCCCUGGGCAACAAGUCAGCAAGGUCAAGGCUGAAGACAUUGAUUCUGGGGUCAAUGCAGAGCUGAUCUAUAGCAUUACUGGGGGCAACCCUUUUGAGCUCUUCCAGAUUUCACCUAGCAGUGGGGAUAUCACACUGGAGAAAGAGAUCUUGCGUAAGCAUCAUGGCCUGCACCGCCUAGUUGUGCGUGUCAAUGACAAGGGCAAGCCCUCACGCCAUGGAACUGCACUAGUGCACUUUUAUGUCAAUGAGACCCUAGCUAAUCGCACUGUGCUGGAGACCUUAGUGGGGCACAGCCUGGACACACCCCUGGACAUAGACAUUGCUGGGGAUCCUGAAUAUGAGCGCAGCAAGCAACGCAGCAACAUCCUCUUUGGAGUCAUUGCUGGCAUUGUGGCUGUAACACUUGUCAUUGUGCUGGUCAUUCUUGUGCGCUAUUGUCGGCAGCGGGAGGCCAAGAGUGGCUACCAAGCAGGCAAAAAAGAAACCAAGGACUUGUAUGCACCUAAACAGGGUAACAAGAGCAGCAAGAGCAAGAACAAAGUGAAGAAGAGCAAGUCUCCCAAGCCACCCAAGCCAGCAGAGGAUGAAGAGGAGACGGGGCUGCAAAAAUCCCUCAAGUUCAACCUCAUGAAUGACUCUGUAAGUGACAGCCCCCGGAUCCAUCUACCCCUCAACUAUCCACCUGGGAGCCCAGACCUGGGGCGUCACUACCGCUCCAAUUCACCGCUGCCCUCCAUCCAGCUGCAGCCUCAGUCUCCAUCUGCUUCCAAAAAACACCAAGUGGUACAGGAUCUGCCUGCUACAAACACCUUUGUUGGCACUGGGGACAAUAACUCAACAGGCUCUGAACAAUACUCAGACUACAGCUACCGCACCAAUCCCCAGAAAUAUACCAACAAGCAGUUACCUCAUCGCCGAGUGACAUUCUCUGCAGCCAGUCAGGCACAGGACUUGCAGGACCCCUCCCAACAUAGUUAUUAUGACAGUGGGCUAGAGGAAUCGGAGACACCCAGCAGCAAAUCAUCAUCAGGGCCUCGCAUUGGGCCUCUGGCUCUGCCUGAAGAUCACUAUGAGCGCACCACACCUGAUGGUAGUAUUGGGGAGAUGGAGCACCCUGAAAAUGUGGAGUGACAGAGGAAUUGCUGCUUGGCUGAAUGCUCCAAUAACCAUCACGGUCCUGCCCUACUUCUUGGGAAUUAGCUGGAGGAUCUUCUGAUGAACCUGAUAUAUUAGGGUGAGCUCCAUUAGGGAUUAUAUAAUUUACAGCAGUAGUAUGCCUCAAGCCAAGGGUUACCAGAGGGGAGAAAACACGCCUUUGCUCUAAUUCCCUCAAUUUUUCCAUCUAGUCCUCUAGCACUACCAUCCCAAGAAAGGCCACCUUAAGGGAAUAUGAUUUUGUUUCUGUUAGGCUUGGAUGUAUAAGCCUUUCUUCACCUCAGAAUGAGAAGAUACAGGUGGAAAGAUAAGUUAUUAGAUCCCACACAGCCUACCUCCUGGGAUACUGUGGAGCACUGAAACUAUUGUAUGUUUCUGAGAAUUUUUUUUGUUCACUUAAUUGUUCAUUUCUUCUACGGCAGUGGUUCCCAAACUCUGACAGA